CGGCCGCGCGUUUAUGUCCCCGUGUGUCUAAUCUACCGAUAUAAAGACAAUAAUCAUCAAUCAAACCUUUACUUGUGAGUGUAGUGACGUAUUCUGUAGUGUUUUCUGGUUUGAACUGGUGCGAACGAGCGCAAUCCGGCUGUAUCCAGUAAUAACUAGUCGCAAGCCGAGACGGAGCAUGGGCGGAGAUGGCACGCCAUGAGAUGGCGGGGCUCGUGCUCGCAACAGCUCUUUCCGCCUUGCUCGCGGUCGUCUCUACGCAUGCACCUACUCUAGAACCUGUCCUUUUUGAAGCUGCUUUUCAAGGUCGAUGUGGUGACGGCAGCCCGUGCGAGCAGCUGUGUAGAGAGCUCCACGAUGGCACCUUCGAGUGUGGCUGUGGCCCAGGCUUUAUUCUCCACGUCAAUGGAUACGGCUGUUUGGAAAUCAACGCAACAAAAUCAACAGCUGCACCAACAGAUACUCACGAAGAUGUCCUCUAUUCAAAAGACGUUUCCUUCUCUGCUGAGCUCGAGGUAGCUCCAGCGAAUAGGAUAAGCAUUCACACUACAACAACUCCUAAAGAUUAUACAUACACAGGAGAGAAGACCAAACAACUAGAUGGCUUAAGAAGUCUCAUUGAAGAUGGAGUUAGUGAAGUUGAUUUGAAUAUCAUUAGCGAAAGGGAAGAAAAUAAAGUAACUACUUUAGGACCAAGCUUAGAACAGAAAGUCCCUGGCGGAACAUCGUCUCCUGCACGCACCACUGCUGGAGAGAUCUGCUCGUGCGAUCCUUGUGUUGAAGCUAAGUGCACCUGCGCCCACAGAAAAUGUAAACCUGAUUCAAAAAUAAAUACGCCCCGUUUCUCCGGUUCGUCAUGGAUAGCGCUUCAUGCAUUGCGUGGCGCUUACAAGAGAGUUCGAUUAAGACUCCGGGUACGACCAGAGAGGAGCAGGGGAGUGCUACUGCUAACCGGGGAACAUGACGACCUUUCUGGAGACUACCUCGCUUUGAUACUGAGGAAUGGACACGUAGAGUUAAGGUUUGACUGCGGCAGUGGUGCGGGGGUGCUGCGAUCCCCUGAACCAAUCAGGCUGGGGAGAUGGAACACCAUAUCAGUGUACAGACACCGCUGGGAUGCCUGGUUGAGGCUCAACACUGGCAAACGAGUAAGAGGCCGCUCAAAGGGAUUGUUCUCCCGCAUGACGUUCCGAGAGCCCGUGUGGGUUGGAGGUGGCGGGAACACGACGGGUCUGCAGAGUAAGCUGGGGCUGUCUGAAGGUCUACUUGGAUGUGUUGACUUCCUCAGGAUUAAUGGAGACACCUACCAGCUUGUGAAGGAUGCUGUGUCUACUCUCGAUAUAAGUGAAUGUGCACCAACAUUAGCCCCUUGGAAACCAAGAAAUGAAGUCACCAGUGAAGCGAUACCUCAUAACGAUAUAGACCAUGCAAUUUACGAUAUAAACGAUAUAGUACACUUUGAAGACAAUGAUAUCGUAAUGAGAGACGUUACAGAUCAGAAUCAGAUCGAUAACUCAUUAAAAUUCAAUGAUUUCAACAAAAUAUAUUACGGUAAUGUAAAAAAAGAAGAGGAUGAUGUUAAUGAUAUAAAUAAUGAUGUGAAACGUGAAGAGGUUAAGGAGAUUAAAGAUAAUUGCGAUUGCCAGCAUGGAGGAGGCUGUGUCGAAGGAGUAUGUCUAUGUCCACUUGGGUACGCGGGCAAGAAAUGUGAAAUCACAUUAGACUUAAAGGUUCCCAAGUUCAAUGGAUCGUCAUAUCUAAGAUUACCAGGUCUAGGAAAUACAGCCCAGUCAUGGUUGGACAUACAGAUAACAAUGAAACCCUCAAACGGCGACGGAUUACUUCUCUACGAUGCUGAACAGAGGACUGAUGAAGGUGACUUCUUCUCUCUGCAUUUGAGAGACUACUUCGUAGAGUUCGCUUUCGACCUGGGCUCAGGAAUUGCUCUCGUCAGAUCAGCAUACCCUCUGAAGCAGAACGAAUGGCAUCACAUAACAGUCAUCAGAUCAGGUCGUCGCGCCUCAUUACGAGUGAAGCAGCAGUCUGACACGACAUACGAUAAGACACACGAGACGACACGAUCCGUGACGUCCAAAGGAGCGGCUCGGUAUCUGCAACUGCAUCAGCCGAUGAUGUUGGGUGGAGCACCCAGUCCUUUACCAGCAAGAUUAGCUUUGAAGUCCUCGUUUAGUGGAUGUGUUAGUCAGUUAAUAAUCAACGAUGCAGAAUUGUCUGUAGUGUCGUCUGCUCUGGGCGGAGUGAAUGUUGACAAUUGUGAGGAGAUACACAAUACUACGUGCAGAGACUCGCUUUGCAUUGAAAAGCUCCAACCCAUCUCAUUCUACCCUCAAAACAUAUCAGAAAACGAAAUACACCACUCUAUAGUAGCGAAGAAGGGCUUAAAACUGAAAUACCACAAAACGAAAUCGAAGAAGCACAUAGAAAAGUACAAGAGGAAAAAGUUGAAUAAGAAAUUCGAUUAUUUACGAAGCAAUGAAGUGAUAACUGAAGGCCCAUACGAUGGACAAACAUAUAUGCAAGUUAAAUAUUUAAAUAGUAACGAAAUAAACUGGGUGGAUACGAAUACAUACCCCAGUUUCAGUGGGGUUGAUAGCUUUAUACAUAUAGAUGAUGAAGAAACGAUGAAAAGGUUACUAAGCUACACACUAGAUAUAAACAUCAGGUUUCGAUCGGUAUCACCGGAUGGCCUGCUGGUUUGGAGCGGCAGAGCACCAAUGGCUACAAAAACUGAUUUCCUUUCGCUGGCUGUUGAGAAUUCGGUUUUAGUUUUUAGAUAUGACUUGGGAAGUGGAGAAGUGGUUAUCAUCGCAAACCAUACUAAAGUCGAUGAUGGCUUGUGGCACCGUGCAAGAGCUACAAGGAACAGACAAGCAGGAGUACUAGAAGUAGAUGGACUGGGUUCUGUGGGUAAAGUUUCACCCGGUAAACUAAAACAACUUAACACCGAAAAUGGCCUUUAUAUAGGUGGACUUCCAUCAAUAGAAAUAAACACAAGAGGGAAGUACAAAAGCGGUUUAACCGGAUGCGUUUCGCAGAUAUCACUCAGCGGUGAUUUCGAUAUCCCCCUAUCAUUAUCGAAAUUACCCCACACGAUCACGAACAACGUAGGCAGAUGUGCGCCAUAAGAGUAAUGUUACAUUUAAAUGAAUUUUUGUAUUCAUUUAAAUGUGUUUUAUACUAUUCCCUUAAUUUGCGUUUUCUCUAAGUUGUCUUGAUUUACUAUCGACAAAAAGUGAAGUAACACUUGAUGUUGUCAGUAUAUUGAUUCAUUGGAAUUUGAUAAUUUGGGUUCCAUGUUAAGAAAGGCAAUUUAUACCAUAGUUACGAGUUGAAUAGCAAAUACAGUAAAUUAAUAAUAAAUUCAUCAAUAAAAAUGAUAUAAUUUUAUGCAGAUAAUCUUCUACCUAAAAAAUAAAUAAAACACUGAAAUUUCUCAAUUUUUUUUGUGAAAAACCUUAUCAGCAGGAUAAGUUUGUAACAAACGACCACCAUGAUAAUUUUCUUUGUCCGAUUAUUCCGUUAAUGCAUAUCUAUUUUUUUUUCAUUGGUUCAUACGAAUACAUAGGAAACUUCAAAAGUGUGUACAGACCUUAGAUUUGCAUCACUCAUGUGACUCCUCUGGUGUUACAAGAGAAUGUUAAAGGCGGUGAUCACUUACCAUUGGGUUUCAGGUGAUUCGUACGCGUUGUUGAUCUCUCAAUCCUAUAAAAAAAUGGACAGGUUUUUUAAGCGUGAAACUCGUAAAAGUGGUACAAAAACACCGUAAGUACAUAUCAAUUAACGAUUGAAGGCAAUAAGUGUUUUACUUUCAACUACAGAUCCCAUCUAGUCAAUUUAGAAUAAGUACUUUUCAUUCCAUGGACUCCAAGUACGAGGAUAUUAAUUUGGUUUUAAAUUACCUAGUUUAUUAUGUUUAUAAAUUUUCAUUAAGUUAAUUGUUAUUUUUUUUUAAUUCGUAUUUCAGUAUAAAUAAGAUGCUUAAUAUCUCAGAAAUUUGAAAUAACAUUUACAUCGUAAUAUUUUUGAGUAAAUGAGCACAUUUACAAAUUACCCCAUUAAACAUUAACUAGAUUUCAUAUGUUUUCAAGGGAAACUAAUGGUACAUAUUUUUACCUUUAUUUCAAUUACCGUAUUUUUAAAACAUGUUAUUUUAUGAUAACGUUUUAAAAAGCUAUUUAUAACAUUGUAGAAUCAGGGUUUUGGUGGUCUCUAGAAUGUUAUAACUAUUGCUUUGUUUUGCCCCAUAGAUACGAAAACAUUGCUGCCAUUAAUGCUUGUACUUUUACUUAUAUAAAAUAACUCGUACUUUGAAGCUUCCAAGAUUACACAAAAAUUGCAUUUCUUGUAUAUUCUUAACUUUAUUUCAUCCCUAUCAUAACUUUUCGAAGUGCUUUACUAUGUAGAAGAUAUGAAAAUAUUUGUAUUAAAUACCUAGUUGUAAUGUGAUUUGCACGCGAUUUUCUUUUACUGAAUAGUCAUAGUAAAUUUUUGUCGUUACCUUAUUUUUUAAUUCUCUGUAUUCGAUGACACCGCUCAAGGUCCGUGCAGAAGACUACGAGUUCGGGUUUUGCUGUUAUAUACUUAGUGAAUCUGUCAGGUCGUAUUCCAGAACUUUAUAUUAUGUCCUUACGCAUUUAAUAAAUCUUAGUGAACAAAUUAUAGACAAUGUAAUAAAUAGUAAAGUGAUAAAUAGCAUUUGUAUUACAUUUUUGAAUUGAAUGAGAAUGAAUGUGUAGCUUAAAUAAUAUUUAUUUAUAUAGAUUAUCCAUAGAUAAUGUCAUAACAUAAAUAAUCAUCAAUACACAAAUAAAAUUUGGAAAAUAAAAUAAAAAACGACUUCCGGCGUUCCGUGCCAGUGCUCUAACCAACUGAUCAGUUCAUAAUAUUUUGUUUUUCAAAUUUUACUUGUGUAUUAAUCCUAGAAGUGAGGGUUAUCAAUUUAAAAACAUAACAUAUUAAUCAUCAAUACUUAAAAAUAACGUUAUUUUUACUUUAAAUCAAAACUGAUAAUUCUCUGUUAUUUGUAUUCGGUGUUCUUUGCAAACUUUAAAACAUUUUUAUGCGUUUGUGUGAGCGUGCGCGCAAGAUCGGUAAUACUACUCACACGCUUGCUAUGAAAUUUUAAAAAGCAGCUUAUCCUACGAUAUUAUAUUUAAAGAAUGUACUUGGCUACAUGCAUACAUAACUUAUCGUAAAAAUUAUGUAUGAUUAUCGAACAUAAAAUAUCAUUCAAUCUUUGCCUUGAAUUUAUAAUGUGAAUCAGAUGUAUAGCUCAAUUGAAUUUGUUUUGUUACAUCCGUUCGUAAUACCAAAUACAAUAACGAUCUAAUACAAAUCCAACACCUACUCCUCAUCAAAUAAUAAAAAAAAUUCAAAAUCAUGAGCAACUAGAUUAGAAGCAAAGUAAUUAUUUACACGAAGUUUUAUUUAAUUAUAAUAAUUGUAACAACACGAAUUUUACUUAAUAAUUGUUUUUAGCUUUAUUUACUUGACUAUAGUGUCUAAACUCGUUUAGUAGCCCACUUAGAUACAGACCAGCAGGGCACCUCGUACCACAAAGCAAUUUCGAUUAUUGAGCGACAGUCGCUAUGCCGCGCUUCAUAAUUUUUAUCAGCUUUCCGCGCACAGACUGUAGUUAACGCCGCAGUCGCUUAUGAGGCGUUUUUGUAAUAUUACAGCUCGAUUUAUACCUAUUUCCCGCUUAUAAUAUGAUAAAUAUCCCCUAUUGGGAUCUACUUAAUUAACACCAAUGAUUUUGUCAAUUAAAAAACUCCACAGGGUUUAAUGUUCUGGAGAUACAUAUCUAAGCAAUUGUUUUUUUUUCUUGCAAUAAUAUUUUAACAUGUUGGCUAAGCAUGUUUCCCGUAUGCCUUGAUAAAUUAACUGGCCAUUUGAAUAAAUUAUUUGAAUGUUUGGCAAACGUGAAGAUAAAUACAGCUCCUCAUGUAAGCUUGAUUAGAUCAAAAUAUAAUAAUUAUAAUUACUGGCAGCAUUUAAAAGUAAAAUGAACCCUAAGGUAACCCCUAAAUUGCAUAAGUGUGGUAGAAGCUUUAUGUUUAAUGUUGCCAUUCCUUAAAAUUAAUACUAUCCCCACAAAAUUUAAUUGAUAUUCCUUAAUAAAAACGACCAAAAUAACAGGCGCUGAGUUGUUAUUCAGAUAUUUUAUUAAAUAUAUUCAAAUAAAUAACCAAAUAUUAAAUCUAGUACGUUUGUUUAAUACUAUAUUGUAGAAACCAUAAAGAUUAUUUAAGGUAUAUUGAGUUUUAAAUAUUGAAGAAAUAUGUUCUGCGCACUAGAGAAGAUAAGAAGAGAAGAAGUCACCUAGAUAGUUUGUAACACAAGCUGCGGCUAGCUGUAGUCAACUCAUUUAGUCUAUGUUAAGCGUUUAUAGCAAUAACACGCGUCUGAGUGUUGUUUUAAUAACACUUAAAAAAAAAAGUAGUGCUUUUCACCACUACGUUGAACUCUUUAUUUGUAAAUAUCUACACUUAAUUUUCUUUUAUUUUGUUAGAAAAAUAGUUACUAGUGACGACAUGUCAUCUCGUUGAAAACUGGCAACUAAUAUCUUAUGAACAUAGAUACUUUUACCGGCUAGAUAGAGCCUCUUGCUCUUAGAAAACCGAUGAAAACAGGCCAGGCUUAUUACUUUAGUGUACGUGAAGCUACGUCUUACACUCGCGAUUUGUAUGUCACUUUGUGUUAUUCCUCAUUUUUUUUAAUUUAAUUAUAGAUUAAAAAUGUUGAAUGAAUGUGAAUGUCAAAUUGCUUGAUCCGAUGUAAUCACGUCGCGCCCUUUAAUUUGUUCGCUUGUACGCUGUAGCUUCUCUAGUACGUAAUACAUAUUACUUCAAUAGUUUUAAAUGGUUUUAUUUAUGUAGAUAAAUAGAAGGCGUUAUUGAAGUAAUGCCAUAUGAAAUAAAAAAAUAAUCAAUAAAUCACAGUAAUGCUAUCUCUUGCCUGAGUUACAUUGAAAUGAUGAAAUAAGUAAAUUUUUAACACAAAUAUAUAACGUUGAGACUUUAUUGUAAUAAGUGAAAAAAAAAUUUUUUAAUGCAAUGAAACUUUUCUAAUUUAAUUCACUAGCUUAAAAGCCUUACUAAAUAUUUUAAAAAUGAGAAAGCUAAGAACUCUACUUUUACUCGUAAAUAAAUUGAUUCCUGUAACUUGGGUCUUAGUCCCUAAAAUUGUGAGGUAAUAUUACAUUUGAUUUAUAUUAUUAAUGUAGCCACCGUCCAAUAUAGCAAGUAUGGAACAUUUCGUUGUCUUUACGCAGCGAUUCACCGAUAUUUGAUAUGAGUUUGGGCUCAUGAGAAAAUUUACAGCAGCAAAAUUCUAACUAAAUGGGUUUGAAUUUAUUUAUACAGUCAAGAUAUACUUACAAAAAUAUUUAUUAUUUAGCUGUAAAUCAUGGGUUAUAUAAAACAGAUGCGUAUUGCACAUAGUGCCGGAUUUACCACGUAGCAAGAGUAGCAAUUGUUACGGGCCCCGCGGGAAAGGGGCCCCCGCAUAUUAAACCUACUGAUCUCUGCCUAAACGUAUUUUUGUGACACUUAUAAGAUAUAGUAUAUUGAAUUUACUUGAUGUCACUAUAACGAGAAACGUCACAACUUUUCCUACUAAGACACCUACUAAUCCUCGUCAGACACUCAGUAACCGACAUUUUUCCAAAUUCCAAUAUAGAUCCCUUUGAAAACAAUUAGCUACGGGCCACGCACUUGCUUAAUCCGGCAAUUAUUGCACCCAUCAAUAAAUUUUUACUUAUCGAUUUCUAGAAGAAUGAAGCGCGUGCGUAAGCGUUUUUUGCAAUGGAGGCAGCGAGAUUUUGACAUUAGCAUAGUCGAUAUGAACUGAUGGUUUUUAUGACACAUUAUAUCUUCACUGAGAGUGUGCUAGUAUUUUUUUAGACAUAAUAAAUUGAAAUCUAGAGAAUCGUUUGGGCUUACCCUGGCCUUUGGUUCUUUUGUUGCAAAUUAUCUUAAUGUCGUACUAUGCAAUGUAUGCUCCACUAUUCAGAGGCCCACGUAUCUAGUCUUAUCCGUAACAGUUCUUAAAUGCUUAUUCAACAUCAAUGUAACUCGGGCAUAAAGCGGGUACUUCUUAAUUAGCUUGGUAGAGUUAGUUUUGUAUGUGAACUUGUCCGAUGUAUUAUACGCCGUUAUUUGUACAAAAUAUAUCACUAAAUAUAA